UAUCUUGACGCUCGGUUAGCAUCUGGUUUCUUUUUGACAACUCAUCUGUUGCUUAUUACAGUGAACAAUCCAAAAAAAUCCAGCUCCACCCUAAACGAGACAUUUCUUGGCCUGCUAUAUCCAACUGAAAACUACAAAGUGUAUGGUUAUUUGACUAAUACAAAGGUGAAACUCAUAUUGGUCACAACAGAUCUUGAUGUUCGAGAUGCUGAUGUGAGAAAUUUUUUCAGGAAAUUUCAUGCCGCAUAUGUUGAUGCUGUGUCAAAUCCAUUUCAUGUUCCUGGCAAGAAGAUAACAUCCAGAACUUUUGCUGAAAGGGUUAGCACUAUCGUCAAGUCUUUUGGUUUGAGUUCAGCAGGUUGAAUGACUGCUCUCAGAGUCAUUUUGCAAGGCACUCCAGUGUACCUCUUCCCCAAGCCGAUGGAGAAAGUAAGGAUGAAGAGCAUAUUUGUGCAAACUCCUCUACUUCAUUGCAUAUGGACUUCGAAGUUUAUUUGAACAUCUUGAGGUACUGAAGGAUAUUUGUCAAAUUCGUUCCCUCGUGACAAUAACCAAAGUAGAUAUCGUGUGAAGUAGGUAGUUACUGGUUUUGUUGGGUCAUAUUUACUUGCUAGACAGAUGUGUUUGCUUUAAGUAAAGAUAUUUUUCGUUUGGAAUUCUUUCAAGAAAUAAAAUGCAAAA